AUGAAGACAAUCCAAGACCCGGCGUCUCAGCGUUUGACGUGGAAUAAGCCUCCGAUCAGUGUUUUGGUUAUCAAGAAAAUUCACGACUCGCUUGUCAUUCAGCCAUUCAUUGAUUUAGUUCGUUGGCUAAUCUGGGAGAAAAAGAUGUCGGUUUACGUGGAGUCGGCGGUCAUGGAUGACCCACAGCUUAAGACCAACCAAUUGUUUCAACCAUUCAAAGACAAACUCUGCACUUUCAGAGAGGGUAUGGAUGACCUGACAGACAAAGUGGACUUUAUUAUAUGCCUCGGCGGUGAUGGCACUCUCCUUUACGCCUCCUCCCUCUUUCAGGGUAUGGAUGACCUGACAGACAAAGUGGACUUUAUUAUAUGCCUCGGCGGUGAUGGCACUCUCCUUUACGCCUCCUCCCUCUUUCAGCAAAGUGUGCCGCCAGUGAUGGCCUUCCAUAUGGGUUCACUUGGAUUCUUGACUCCCUUCGAGUUCGACAACUUUCAGGAUCAGGUGUCCACUGUUCUCGAUGGUCACGCGGCUCUUACCUUAAGAAGUCGUCUCCGAUGUCUAAUUGUCCGCAAGAAUGAGACAAUUACUGCUAUCGAGAAGCUGUCAAAACAAAACACAUGCCAUUUGGUGCUCAACGAAGUGGUUGUAGAUCGCGGGCCUUCGCCUUAUUUGUCAAACAUUGAUCUAUACAUCGAUGGCAAACAUAUCACGACAGUUCAGGGCGACGGACUCAUCGUCUCGACGCCCACCGGGAGUACCGCUUACGCGGUGGCGGCCGGAGCCUCAAUGAUCCACCCGAGCGUACCCGCCAUUAUGGUUACACCCAUUUGCCCGCACUCUCUAUCAUUCCGUCCGAUCGUAGUUCCCGCAGGAGUUGAGCUCAAGAUAUGUGUGUCG